CACGAGUACGUACCGGUACCAGCACCAAUCCAUCAUCGCAUCGACCAGAGACACAGCYAUGCAACCAAAAGAAUCCAGACCAGAACCAGCGGCCAAGCCCGUGGCCAAGCCCAUCGCUACGUCUUCGUCUUCCUCCUCCCUCCGGUCGUCCGCCAAGAGCUUUUUGUCGGGCGGGGUGGGAGGGGUCUGCGCCGUCCUGGUCGGCCACCCCUUCGACCUCAUCAAGGUGAGGAUGCAGACCGGAAUGGUGUCGGCGGGGAGCGGAAGCGGUGCCUCCGUCUUUGGGGCCCUGGCGGCUACCCUCCGGGCCGAGGGCCCGAGGGGGCUCUACCGGGGGGUCUCGGCACCGCUGGUGGCCUCGACCCCGAUCUACGCCAUGAGCUUCUGGGGCUACGACGUCGGGCAGAGRAUCGUGCGGUCGGUGGGCGCCGGCGAUGGUGCCAGUGCAGAMAGCGAGCGGCCCCUCACGCUUCCCGAGAUCAUGGUGGCGGGGGGCUUGUCGGCCCUGCCGAUGCUCCUGGUGAUGACCCCGACGGAGCGGAUCAAGUGCCUGCUGCAGGUCCAGACGGCGGAGGGGAAGGACGCGAACGCGAAUGCGAAUGCGAACGCAAAGGGAGGCGCUGCCAAACCCCAGCAGCGGUAUACCGGAAUGGUGGACUGCGCCACCAAGCUCUACCGAACGGGGGGCCUCCGCUCGCUCUACAAGGGAAUGGCCCUGACGAUGGCGAGGGACGUCCCCGGAUCCGUGGCAUGGUUCGGAACCUACGAGGUGGUCAAGCGGUUCCUGUCGUCGCUCCUGACGGAUUCGGGAAGCGGGGAGGCCAAGCCGCUCUCCCCGGUGGCGGUCAUGGUGGCGGGUGGUUUCGCCGGCAUGGCCUGCUGGGGGACGACCAUCGUCCCCGACAACCUCAAGUCGAGGUACCAGGCGGCCCCCGAGGGGGCCUACAGGGGCGGGGCCCUAGAGGUCUACCAGACGCUCGUCCGGAACGAGGGCUACGGUGCGCUGUGGACGGGCUUUCGGCCCGCGAUGAUCCGUGAGUUCUUUUGUUUUGUUUUGGGUUGUGUUUUGUUUUGUUUUGUUUUGCUUUGUUUUGGGUUGUUUUGUUUUGUGUUGCUGGUCCGGCGAUGGCAUCCGUGCUUGCUCAUUGGAUGCAGGCAAUUCAAGCAGCGCACCGAACCGCGUUUGCAACCUCGCGUGCCCUGCCGUAACACUCACCCGCGUGCAUCUUUCGCUCUAUCCUUCCUAUUGAUUUGAUUUUUGGUUUUAUUUGGUUUGAUUCGAUUCGAUUUGAUUUAAUUCCAUUGGAUUUCAUUCCAUUGCAUCGACCAGGCGCCUUUCCAGCGAAUGCAGCGUGCUUUUUGGGAAUGGAGGUAGCCAAGAARGCCUUUGCGUUCCUUGACUAGCAGAGCAGAUCGAAACAAAACACGAGAAAGCCC